UUCUAAACGUACAAUCUUUAAAUAUAUAAUAUGUAUAUAUACUUUUAAUUAAAAACAACAAAAAAAAAGUUUGUAUGAAGGUUGAGGCGCUGGAGCGCGUUGCUCUCGGUGGAUUUCUCUCACCAUGGGCACCAAACAAACCAAAGGCACCGGCCAGCAAGCUUCUGAACCCGGGGCCAGCCCUCAGCACUGCCUGGGCUCUCGGAAGAGAACACCAACAAAGGAACGAGGAGGGGACACGCUCGCUUCUUUCAUGCUAAAAUCCGGGGACAAGUUCGGCAAGAGCGGGGCACCUCCACCUUACCAGAGGCGCAUUGGUAUGAUCCAGGAGAUGAUGGCUCUCGCCAAGCAAGGCAAGCAGAACGAGACCACAGAGAUUCUCAAAAACCUACGACAGGAUUUAGGGAUGGAGUCGACCUCUCUGGACGAUGUCCUGUAUCGGUACGCCAGCUUCCGAAACCUGGUGGACCCCAUCACCCACGACCUCAUCAUCAGCUUGGCUCGCUACAUCCACUGCCCCAAAACGGAAGGGGACACUUUGGGUGCAAUGGAGAAGGUGUGCCGCCAGCUUACCUACCACCUGAGCCCUCACUCGCAGUGGAGACGCCAGGGGCUGAUGAAACGCAAGCCCCAGGCCUGCCUGAAAGCUAUCCUCUCCAGCCCCCCCCACAACAACACCUUGGACCUGUCCGGGAUCCCCCUGACCGUGAAGGACGUGGAACGGCUCGUCUCGUACCUGCAGCAGAACGCCAAGCUGGUCACCAGCGUGGAGCUGUGCUUCACCGAGCUGACGGACGAAGCCUUCCUCCUGCUGCUCCCCGCGCUCGGUGCCCUGCCUCUGCUCAACACCCUCUCGGUCAACGGGAACUGGCUCACCAAGGCCGUCCUGCGUGACAUCAUCGACACCCUCAAAGACCUGGAGAUGUUCCCCAGCAUCACGUGGAUCGACCUGGGCAACAACGUGGACAUCUUUUCCCUGCCGCAGCCCUUCCUGGUCAGCCUGCGGAAACGCUGUCCCAAGCAAGGGAACCUGCCCACUAUCAUGGAGUUCGGAGAGAGUCAAGUGAGCGACCUGGAGAGCCACAACGGGAACCACUCCGAGACCCUGGCCGAUCUGGAUUCAGAGGAGGAGGACAGCCUGCUCUUCGCUGACCAAUCCCAGCUGGACACGGGCUCUGUGGAGAAGUGCAUCAGCAGUGCUGACACGGGGGAUCACAUGACUGCGUAAGCAACCAAUCAAAUAUUAGAGGCCCGAGGAUUCCUGGGUCUCUCUCUUUUUUUUUUUUUUCUUUUUUUUCGUCAGCGUCUCGCGACAUCAGCGGGCAACGCGCCAGCCCAUAAUCUGAAAAUCGCGGCAUCGCUGGGCAAGGAGAGAGGUUAAGAAGGAACAAGCCAAAAAAAUUCAGGAUAUGACACGAUAAAAUGAUAUUAUUUUAUAAACAGCUGCAUUGUAAGCUCAAAGGUGGGUGUGGUAACUUGGCUCAUGGUACUAUGUCUCUGAGCUCUUGCAUGUUUUUAUGUUGUAUGUGAGAAUUUCUUUGUUUGAGAGCAGAGGAUGCCUGACUCCCAACGCCUUGUGUAAUGAAGAUGGGCCGUAUCACCCCAAAGACAGUAAUUACUGUGCCGUGAAUGGAUUGCUGGACUGUUGACUCAGCGGGAGAACCACGUGCAGUCCAACAUGAUCCAUACAAGAUAUUUUUGUAAUACGGAUGCAAAUGCAAAGCUUCUUUAUCCUAAAGCUCCAGGAGCAAAAAAAAAAACACCAAGGAAUUUUGAUUUUACACCAUUUGGGUCGGAGGAAUGUGGAAAAUUGCAAUUUGUGUGUGUGUGUGUGUGUGUGUGUGUGUGUGUGUGUGUGUGUGUGUGUGUGUGCUUUUAAAAGAUACAAUUUCUGAGAAGUUUAAAUGCUGCAAAAAACGGUUCUUUUUUUCCUUGUGUUGUUUUUUGUCUACCCUGCCUGGAUUCAAAGUCUCUGAGAUGAAGUGCUCAGUAUAAAGCACAUCAGCGCCCUCUUGUGGCUGGUCAGCUAGCACAUUCCAUUCUGCCCUGUCUGUCGAGCUCAGCUCAUUGGAGAGCGUAGAGAGAGCAUCUACAGAUUAUACGGUACCAGAUCGUCACUGCCACUUUCUAAUGCUGUUACCCUGAAAAACAGGAUUGUGGGAUACAUUUGUACAUGAGAUUUUGAAAACGAUAAAUACAUUGUCCGUUUUGUAUAUUAUAAACUGUUUUAGAGGGAAUAUAUAUAUCAUUAAUAACAAUUAUAAUAAUUAAAAGCCAUCUGUGUUAUUAAAUGCAAACUUUGGAAUGACAAACUUUGGCUUGCUGUCAUGAAGAAUAAACAAUCAAUUCAAAUAAAGCAGACUG